AAGUGCUGUCUGCGAUCACGGUGCUUGAGAUUCGAAUCCUGUAAUUCUUCACUUCGGAAUCCAGGAAGAUCUAUCUGUAGGCCACCACUGGCAUCUCAACGCUAAUCAUCGCCAAUCCUAUAGACUGAUUAUAGUGGGGCGCGGGUCACCCUGGUAACAAUUACAACUGUUUGCUGCACCUCACUCUUUCCCACUGCCGUCGCGGCGGCAUGGCAAAGAGCAAUCACAUUUCGCCUGAAAAAGACCGGCCCCAGCAUGAACGCCACCGUCAAACGCAAGUUCAAUGCCCUGCUCCAAGGCAUCGGCAGCCGGCCCUCGCCCGCCGUUUCCGAGCACAGCGCCGACAUGGACGACAGCAUGGCCGAUCCCGCUUCAUCGCCCGCCUCGCAGCGCUCCUCGCCGCAUCCCUCGCUCAGAAUAGUCAAUGACGAGCUACUCCAGAAAAAGCGCCGCGUUGGCGGACCCAUGUCUACCCCGACAAAAUAUGGCACGUCGUCGUCUGUGCAGUCAUCCCCCGCUAGCAUACGCCCGACAACGACAAUAUCCAACGUCACCCUCCGCAAAUGGACGCCAGGCUCUGCCAGCCCCGGAGGAAGGGCUGCCGACGGACAAGGAGGAGAGCUGCCGCCGCCGCCAAAGUACUGCCCUGGCGACCGCGAGCAGCUGCUGCGCCGGUUGGCGACUUUCCAGGAGCUGACGGACUGGACGCCCAAGCCAGACCGGGUCAACGAGAUCGAGUGGGCGAAGCGCGGCUGGGUGUGCCAGGGCAAGGAGCGCGUCAAGUGCACGCUGUGCGGCCGCGAACUGGUGGUCAGGGUAAACCGCAAGGAGGUGGAUGGGGCGGAGGUUCCGGUGCUGAUCGCAUCCGAGAUUGCUCAAUCGGUGGUGGACAAGUAUGCCGAGCUGGUUAUCGAGUCGCAUGCCGAGGACUGUUUGUGGAGGAAGAAGGGGUGCGACGAUACUCUCCUUCGUCUGCCCCUUCCCAACCCCAAGGUCGCCCUCCAAACUCUCCGCCAACGGUACGACGAGCUCUGUGAGCGCCGCCCCUUUCUCCCUUAUGAAUUCAACAUCCGCCUCCCGCCAAACCUCAAUCUCGACACAGUCAUCUCCCACCUCCCCAGCACAUUCUUCACCGACCCUCCUCCGAACGACAACAACAACAACCGCACGACAAACGACAGCAACGACAGCAAUACCACCACCAAUAAAAACCCCAAUAACCCCGCAACCCCAACAAGUACCAAAAUCAACCGCCCCGCCCUGGCAUUGGCCCUUCUCGGCUGGCAGUCUCUGACCAACACGCGGCUGGGCGGCGCGCCCGUGCCCAACAGCGCGUCGUGCCACACGUGCCUGCGGCGGCUGGGGCUGUGGAUGUUCCGGUCGCGCGAGGUAGACCCGGAAACCCAGACGGUGCUCGUCCCCGCGCCCAUGGACCACCUGGACCCCGUGCGCGAGCACCGCUUCUUCUGUCCCUGGCGGAACCCCGCUGCGCAGCGCAACCCGGGCCGCACCCGGCCCCUUGCACCGGGUGAGGAGGACAAGCCCGCCUGGGAGGUGCUGGUUACCGUCCUAAGGAAUGAGGCGUUUAUUCGGGAUAAGGUCAAUGCGGGGGCCGGGCUCGGGUUCGGGCAUGGGAGGAGUAAGAGUGCUGCCGUUCCUGCUGGUGCUGGUGCUGGUGCUGGUGCUUCGGCGGUGGGAGGAGGUGGUGGUGGUGAUGGUGGUGGGGUAGGGACUGGAGACGGCGAGCUGCUGCCCCCCAAGACGCCUGACAGGAGGCCAAUCACGGCUGGCGGGUGGUCUGCGGCGGGCGUGGAUGGUAUAGAGGGAGGAGAGAUGCAGCAGAAGGAUGACGAGGCGGACGAAGAGGCGAGGAAGAAAAAGGACCAGGAUAUGAUGUCCCGCCUGAGGAGGGUCAAAAGCUUGUUCAAUACCAAGGCGGGGAACAAGCUGAGACGGCUGAGCAAGCCCGGGAGUAGGCCUGGGACGUCGCACUCAGCUGCUGGCGAGGGUGAGUAGCGUUCGGAGUUUAUCUGGGUUGACUUUGGUUUUGUCGAGAUUCGGAGUAGAGAUACCAUUGCAAGGAGGAACGGCAGUCAUGUGUAUUUUAUGUGUACUAUUUGUUGUUUCACAGGGUUAGAUUCCCGGAUCACCCGCAAGUUGGUGAAUGUGAAAACGAGCU